UUGAUGACCUCUUAAGACCUCCCAGUCUUUACACUGGUGACUCUGUAAUGUACAUCGCGUUGUCAUCGAGAGCGUAGUCCAUCGGGAACGUAGUCCUUUUAUUCAUCUCUGACAAACGGUCGGUUUUAUGCAUUGUCGUAUAUAGACGAGAGGGAAGGAGAAAAAGAGAGAGAGAGAGAGAGCAGAUAGGGAACAAUGACGCGUAAAAAUACCAUCAACCGCACGACAAAAGUUAUACUCACUUUAUGCGGCAUGUGGCCAGGAGCUUGCUGUGUGAUGGUCUGCAGGGCUUAUUGGAUCAUAGCAUUAGCGACAGACGAAUUCUGUCACUAUCGGUAUUUCUUAUUGCACUGGCGUACCGAUGACCUCUUCGAUUUGACGGACUGUUUCAGCAGUUGCAUAGCGCAGGUCAAAGUAAUUACUAAAUUCUUAGUCUUUUGGUUCAAUCAACGAAAAUUCGUCAACAUCUUGACAAUGAUGGCGGAAGAUUGGCGCGACAGUGCCGACAGUGACGUCGACAUGCGUGAAACAACAUGCAAAGCGAAAUUAUCGAGUCGCAUCACUAACGCGAUGGUCACUCUUCACGCGAUAACAAUUGUUGUAUAUAGCAGUGGGGUCAUCCUGGCCGACGUCGAUAUCAACGAUCGCGAGAACAUGCCGCCUCUUCUGUUAAAAGUGGAAGUUCCUAUUGAUAUACAUUCGCAAUACAGAUACAAAGUACUAUUAGCCGCGCAAUUUCUGUACCUCUUUAUAGCCGGCUGCGGGGCUGGCUUGGUGAACGCUCUACUCUUAACUUUGAUUCUACACGUGGGCGGUCAAAUGAACAUUUUGCGUUGCUGGUUAACCAAGCUUGUGCCCAAAGAGAACGAGCGGAAACGCGAAUCCAUCGUCAUCAUGACUAAUAAAAUUAUACAAAAACAUCAGAAAAUUAUCAUCUUCUCCGAAUACAUUGAGGACUUGUACACGUACAUCGCGUUGGUGCAGUUUGUGUUGAACACGUUGCUAAUUUGCACGUUGGGCUUCAUUAUCGUAACCUCGAUUGGCAAUCCCGACACCAAGGAGCAGUUAAGAAAGUCCCUGUUAUUCUAUACCGUGACGACCCUCGAAGCGUUUAUAUUUUGCUUCGCCGGAGAAUAUCUGAAAAACAAGAGCAAGGCAGUGGGGACCGCGGCGUACGAUUCCUCAUGGUACGAACUUAAACCCGAGAAUAGUCGUACCUUGAUACUCGUGAUAUUGCGAGCGCAGAAGCAAUUGACGCUCACGGUGGGGAAAAUCAUGGAUCUCUCCUUAGAAUCCUUCACGAGUAUCAUGAAAGCUUCGGGAUCGUACUUGUCGGUGUUACUGGCGAUGCAGUGAGCGUUGUGUACAGUUCGGACGAUUUCAAGCGAUAUAGUCGUGAAACAUGUGUAUCUCGAAGGAAGUGCGAAUAUGUCUUCACUAGUGAUGCAAUUGCAUGGCGUGACGCGACGUACUUCUCUGCUCGCGCGAUCUCUGUGAAACGUCGCUAGCACGAGAGUCGCAACAUGAUUGUGAAGUAAUACAAAGCUAUAGUCUUUUCCGA